AUACUACCAUACAAUCCAGAACCUCUGUAUCUAUUUCUUUCUCUCUGUCCGUCUGUCUUUCUCACAUAGCUUUGCUAGCUAGACAGUCAAAUAUGGAAGUAGCAGUGACUAGUUGGGUAGCACUGAGCCUUGUUUUUGUUAGCAUAGUAGUAAGAUGGGCAUGGAAUGUGCUGGAUUGGUUAUGGCUGAAGCCGAAGUAGAAAGAUGUUUGAGGGAGCAAGGCCUUAAAGGCCAUUCCUACAGGCUUUUUUAUGGAGACAUGAAGGAGAACUCUGUCAUGCUCACACAAGCAAAAUCCAAACCCAUGAACCUCUCGAGCUCCCAUGACAUAGCAUCACGAUUCAUCCCUUUCGUCAAUCAAACCGUGAAAACUUACGGUAAGAACUCUUUUGUUUGGAUUGGCCCAAUACCAAGGGUGAACAUCGUGGAUCCUGAAGAUGUGAAAGAUGUCUUCACAAGACUAGAUGAUUUCCGGAGGCCAGCAUCAAACCCACUUAUCAAUUAA